UUGGCGGAGUUACGAGCGCACAAUCCUGAAUCAAAUCCUAGCUGUAAACAUAUACCACCUGGUUACAUCAUCACAUGUAUUACAUUUUAGAUGUAAUUGAUCGGCAUUAAGGAGAGAUUCUAACACAAUUCUUAUUGCCCCUAGAAGAAUAAAAGAAAAAGAAAAAUGGAUAGCCCAUAUGCUAAAGAGUUGAGAGUUGCCAUUGCAGCGAUCCAAUCAGCAGCUAAACUCAGCCAGGCCGUCAUCUCAGUCGAAGACAAAGGAGUCAUCGAGAAAGAUGACCUUAGUCCUGUCACGGUAGCCGACUUUGCCAUUCAAGCAUUAUUGACCGCCACUGUUCAUCAUGCUUUCCCCGACGAUAAAUUCGUCGGGGAGGAGUCGGCAGCAGAUUUGCGGGCCAACCCCGUUUUGCUAGACCGGGUUUGGAGGUUACUUCAAAGACUCGAGGACGAUCAGGCAAAGUCUCUUUGUAAGCUACCAGAGACCCCCGACCAAAUGUGCGAGAUGAUCGAUUGGUGCGGAUUUGGCGAACCUGGCGGCUCGCAAGCCGGGCGAGUCUGGGUUUUUGAUCCGAUCGACGGCACAAAAACGUUUGUCCGACGCGAGGCAUACGCGAUAAACGUCGCGUUAUUACAAGGAAGCAGCCAAGUCCUCAGCGUCGUUGGUUGUCCUACCAUUUCUGCCAAUGCUAUGGCCCCCAUCACAAAUACUUCCGUAGACCCAACGGGGCGGGGAUGCAUCGUGUUCGCCGUGAAAGGCCAUGGCACCUAUACUCGCGCGUUGGUAGCAUCGUCGUCGCCCGACGAAGCUCAAAUUCGUAGAAUCGAGCCGCACGCUGAAGCCGAAUCAUCUCAGGCCUUGCGGCCGGUAUCGUGCUAUAACAUGUUGGACUCGGGGGUAGACGACGCCCACCAGCUGGUUAUGGACAAGCUAAAUAUUGAAAACAGAGGCUGCGACUUGCUCGCAUGGGUUCUUCGAUGGGUAACUCUUGGUAUCGGGCUCGCAAAUAUGACUAUCUGGGUUUACAAGCAGCGGAGUCGGACGGGGAAAAUAUGGGAUCACGCAGGAGCCAUGCUCCUAUUUGAAGAGGUUGGUGGUAAGAUUACAGAUAUUGAUGGGAAACCUAUUGAUCUUGGGGUGGGAAGGAAUAUGAGCGCCAACCAUGGCUUCGUUGCUGCCCCUAAGGCGCUUCAUGCCACGGUUCUCGAAACUGUACAAACGGUUCUACGUGAGCAGGGGAAAGGACACUUACUUGGUUAAGCUAAUCAUAAGCAUGAACCGUGACCGUCGAGUUUAUACUAUAUCCUCGAGGUAUCCAACGACAAAAGUCUGAUACGGCCUUUCUUAAAGUUGUAAAUUCGCUUUUCGAGGGGCUACUCGGCUCAUCCACAGAGCAUGGUGUUCUCACAAACUUGACACAACGAGAACGCUGCUCUUCUCCAUCAAUAUUUGCUCUGUAAUUAUAGUUAAGACAUAAGAGCAGACACUCAAACUUCAUAACAAUGAGCUACAUAAAAACCAGUAUUCGUUAGUAUCGCUCAUUCAACUCGCCGGCUCGGAUAUUUGAGUGUCCUUCGAAGCCACUAGCUCGUGCUAUCGCAUUCUACCCUGUCUGUUCCAAUAACGAGCGGCUCUUUCAACCCAUGGUGACAUACAAUGGAC